ACUGAAUAAGAAUGAGGAGAAUCCUCAACAGAAAGUUCCUGAGCAGGUGGAUUCACAUAGGGCGGUAUCAGGGGAAACCAAAGGGGAUGUUUCCCAGGAUCCUGAUCAUGUACAUGCCUGGGAUAGUCAGCACAGGCCAGAGAGGCAAGGUAAAUCCACUCACAAGAGAAGGGGGGCCAACCAAAUCAAAGAUAUUGUUCAGCAGAGAGUCCCCACAGGAGAGAGACCCUACAUGUGCAGUGACUGUGGGAAAAGCUUCCGGUGGAGAUCAGCCCUUAUUACUCACCAGAGAAUCCACACAGGAGAAAAACCCUACAAGUGCCCUGACUGCAAAAAAAGCUUCAGACAGAUCUCAGCCCUUACCUAUCAUCAGAUAAUCCACACGGGAGAGAAACCCUAUAACUGCCCUGACUGUGGGAAAAGAUUCAAUCAGAGCUCACACCUUAUUAAGCAUCAAAGAAUCCACACUGGUGAGAAACCCUAUAACUGCCCCAACUGCAGGAAAAGCUUCAGUCAGAGCUCACACCUCAUUAUUCACCAGAGAAUCCACACGGGGGAGAAGCCUUUUAAAUGCCUGGAAUGUGGGAAAAGCUUCAGUGUGAGCUCACACCUUGCCGCACAUGAGCGAAUCCACAGGGGAGAGAAGCCUUAUAAGUGUUGCAACUGUGAGAAAACCUUCAGUCAGAGCUCAUACCUCAUUAUUCACCAGAGAAUCCACACAGGGGAAAAACCCUUUAAAUGCCCAGAAUGUGGGAAAAGCUUCAGUGCAAGUUCAAACCUUGCUGCACAUCAGAGAAUCCACAAGGGAGAGAAGCCCUAUAGGUGCCCCAACUGUGAGAAAAGCUUCAGUCAGAGAUCAGCCCUCACUAAUCACCAGAGAAUCCACACAGGAGAGAAACCCUACCAAUGCAAUCAGUGUGGGAACAGCUUUAGUCAGAGCUCAAACCUUAUUUCGCAUCAGAGAAUCCACACUGGAGAGAAACCAAACUCAUGUGGUGAGUGUGGGAAGAACUUCCGGUGGAGAUCAGCUCUUAUUGAUCACCAGAGAAUCCACACAGGAGAAAGGCCCUAUCAGUGUGACGAAUGUGGGAGAAGCUUCAGCAGGAGUUCGAACCUCGCUACCCAUCAGAGACUGCACACGGGAGAGAGACCCUACAAAUGCCCUGACUGCGGGAAAGGCUUUAAUCACAGCUCCAAUCUUUCUGCACAUCAGAGAACCCACACAGGAGACCUGCCUUACAAGUGUCCCGAUUGUGGGAAAAGCUACAGCGUGAGCUCCUACCUCCUGAGACAUCAGAAAAUCCACACGGGAGAGAGACCCUAUAAGUGUGAUGAGUGCGAAAAGAGUUUCGGCCAGAGCUCAACCCUUGUUAUCCACAAGAGAGUGCACACGGCAGAGAAGCCCUAUAAAUGCCUUGAGUGUUGGAAAUGUUUCAGGAACAGCUCUGACCUUAUUAGACACCAGAGAAUCCACACGGGAGAAAGACCUUAUAAAUGCAGCAAGUGUGGGAAAAGUUUCAAUGAGAGCUCGCACCUCACCAGGCAUCAGAAAACCCACACAGGGGAGAGAUCCUAUAAAUGCCUCGAGUGCAAUAAAUGUUUCAAGAACAGCUCCAGGCUCGUUAGACACCAGAGAACUCACGCAGGGGAGAAAUCCUAUAAAUGUCCUGACUGUGAGAAAAGCUUCAAUCGGAGCUCAAACCUCAUUGUCCAUCAGAGAUCCCACAUGGAGCAAAAGCCCUACAAGUGCCUGAACUGUGCUAAAACCUUCAGCUGCAGCUCACAGCUGAUCAGGCACCAGAGGAUCCACACAGGAGAGAAACCCUAUAAAUGCCCCGACUGCGGGAAAAGCUUCACCGUAAGCUCACAACUGACUUCCCACCAGAGACUCCACACUGGAGAGAAGCCCUAUGGAUGCCCCGAGUGCGGGAAAAGCUUCCCUGUCCGCUCGGCCCUGGCCACCCACCGGCGCAUCCACACGGGGGAGCGCCCCUACGCCUGCGACGCCUGUGGGAAGCGCUUCGGACAGAGCUCCCACCUCAUGCAGCACCUGCGCUCCCACACAGGGGAGAAGCCCCACCGGUGCCCCGAGUGUGGGAAGAGCUUCCGGGAGGGCUCCACGCUGGCCCGGCACCGCCGCACCCACCGCCAGGAGAAGCCCCACACCUGCCCCCACUGCGGGAAGGGUUUCCACGAGCGGUCCAACUUCGCCCGGCACCAGCGCACCCACGCUGGGGAGCUACUUCCUGCCCCAGAGGAGGAGGGGAAGUCCUUCAUCUGCCCCGAGUGUGGGAAGGGCUUUGGCCGCAACGCCUACCUGACCCUGCACCGGCGCGUGCACACAGGAGAGAGGCCCUAUGCCUGCGCCGACUGCGGGAAGAGCUUCAGCGCCAGCUCCAACCUGACCCGGCACCAGCGCGUCCACACAGGCGAGAGACCCUACCCCUGCGCCCGCUGUGGGAAACGCUUCUCCCAGAGCUCCACCCUCUUUGUGCACCUGCGCACCCACACUGGGGAGGCACCCUACCGCUGCGCUGCCUGCGGGAGGGGCUUCAGCCAGAACUCCACCCUCCUGACGCACCAGCGCACCCAUAGGGGUGGGAAACCCUGCCGCCAGCCCCCGGGAGCCUGUGCCAGGGAUGGGCCCUACCUGGGCAAGUGCUGUGUCAGUGACCCGCUGCUCCAGAGGCACCAGAAGACACACCUGUGAUGGGGGACCUGGCCCCACCCAGAGGCAUAGGUAGAGCGCAGGCCGGAGGACUAGCCCAGGGUCAGUUUAUUGCUCUGCCACAAUCACGCCCAGAUCGUCAAAGGUAUUUAGGCUCCUGACUCCUAUUGAUUUAAAUGGGCUUUAGGGCCAGAUUUUAAAGAUAUUUGGGUGCUUAAAGAUGCCUAAAAAUUCAGUUCCAAACGGGAACCAAAAAAAGUAGAAAUUUCCCAUGCAACAAAAUUCCAUCAUGUUCUGGUUGUGACUUUAUAUGUUUAUACACCUCUACCCUGAUAUAACGCUGUCCUCGGGAGCCAAAAAAUCUUACUGCAUUAUAGGUGAAACCGCGUUAUAUCAAACUUGCUUUGAUCUGCUGGAGCGCG